AUGCGCGCAGAUUUGGUAAGGUGGCAGGCUAAAGUUAGUUGAGCCUGACUGAAUAAGUUGUCACAUGAUAGAUUACUAGCAAGAGGCGGCAUCGACUUCGACGAGUACUAGAACUUUGAGUAUGUUGUAGUUGAUAAAAAGUUAUCAAUGACCGAAGGGGAAGUUGUGGAUAAAGACGUCGUCAUCGUUUUCUAAUGAGACGCUUCCAGAACAUGGAGUCGCAAAAGAUCGCUACUUUAUCCAGGAUCUAGACCACGUUUGUUCUUGUCUCAUGAUUCUUCGUUACCUUCCGCAGAUACCCGAACUCUUUCCUUCGUUUUCUUCCUCCGCCACAACUUCGACUUCGAAAGCGCAAAGACCUGGCGCUGACUUCUCAACCUCAAGUAGCACGUCUACUUGUACUUCUGCUAAGGAAGAGGAUAUUACAAGAACACCUGCUCCAGCUCCAGCAAAAACCUACAUCAGCAUUGCUUGUUGGGAAGAAGACUGCACUGCUUCGCGAUUGCUUUCCUACCAGUUUUUCCGACGAAGUACUUUCUCUGAAUCCCCAUCCAGCCUGUCUCUAUGGCUUAUCACUGAAGCAUCGAAAAGGUGAGUGCGGCAGGCAUGGGGAGUGCGCUCUAGAUGGCCUCGAUUGGGUAAAACUCGGGAUGACGAAACACCUCUACCGCAAUCGAGGUUUUUUACAUGGUCAACAAGAAGUGCAAGGCAGCACCGUGGAAGGCAAUAAAGUUGAGGCUUGAGGAAAUACAUCUUCACAGGCCCAUCUUGGUCCCGUUUUUCAAGGGAAAAGGGCACGAAAGACGUGGUUGAAGAUGUUAUUCUGGAAGUUCUAAGAAAGACAGCACCUUCAAUCGAGACAAUAAAUAUCUAUAUCAUGCAGGCCACCCUCACCCUCACGAGGACGCGCAACCUGUGAAGACUAAUCAAUGCAGCAACUUCAUCUAGGGGCAAUAGCAACCAAAACUACCAACCAGCAAGCUUCUAUUGUCAAUAUUGCCGUGCGAAGGUACACGGUAAAGGGAUGCGAGUUCAUGCAUAUUGGCGGCAGGAUAAUCCAAUAAGUUGGCCACGAAUUUUUUUCUUCUACCGAGAAUUGCGAUCUGAGAUGGAAGCAUGUAUUUUUGUUAUGCCAAGGAAAGAUGUAAUUGAUACAUAUAUUUGUUGUAAGUAUGUGGUUUAUGAAGCUGAAGCUUUUCGACUCUUUCUAGAGACUCCCUAUACUAUACUAUCAUAGAAAUGAGGUAAAAAUUUGCUCUCGCUACAGCCUAAUAUUCCUAGUAUAGUAAAAUAUAUUCUUCACGAAUCACAUUCAGAUUUAUAGUCGAAGAAGAUCGAAGAUCAACGCAACGCUGUAGAGAAAAAAAUCAUGCAGAACAAAUAGAAGAUAAAAACAAUAAACAAAAAACGAACAUCAAUGAACAUCUGCAUAUUAUUUUCACUUGUACAUACUUAUGAAUCUUGAUGAUUUAUGAAAUUGGUUUAUACGGC